AUGAUAAUGUCCAUUACGAACGGUUUAAACCAAGAGUACAUCGGUAUUGCUAAUCACAGGUUGAACAUAACGGAUUUUCCAAAGUUUAGCGGUCCAAAGUGGAAAAAAGAUGUGGAGAAGGAGGAAGAGUUGCGCACUCACCUCAGCUUGGAGGAGACCAAACACAAGGUUGAGCUGUACAACGCUGCUACGUGGGACCACCUCAAAAUGACGCUGGUGGGAACUACUGCUGCCAUGCCACUGUCUUCCUGGCAAUGUCCCCUUCUCAGGCCACCAGCUGUCCAUUAUACGUUAUUAGGAUAUUUACUCAGCACAGCACCGAAAUCUCCAAAGAGAUCUCCAAACCACGUGGAACAGAGCUCCACGUGGUUCAGCUCACGUCAGGGCAGCAGCAGGCACGACGAUCGCGACGCGCUGGUCCCAUUGUGUGUCUGUAAACUGGCCGAGGGAGAGCACCCUCUGCUCCUGCGUCUGCUGGCAGGGCCCAGCCCGGACACGCUGAGCUUCGUGCUGAGAGAGCAGCAGACAGGCGAGGUCAUGUGGGAUGCUUUCUCCAUCCCCGAGCUGCACAACUUCCUGCGCAUCCUGGAUAAGGAGGAGCAGGACCAGGUCCGCGUGAUAACCACGCGCUACAACAUGUACCGGGAGAAGCUGGAGGAGGCGAUCCACGUUGUCAGCAGCCCUGAUUAAUGGCGGCCUGCGUCCGUGGAGGAGAGGGCGAGUGAGAGGGAGAGAAGGCUGACCGCAGGGAUCCUGCCUCACUAGGCACCAUGCCACGGUCAACUCUAGAAAGGGCUGUUGAAACUCUCAACACUGACGCUCAGAGAGCACAUGGGACGCUACACGCUUUCCCCACAAUGCACCCUUAGUGCCAUAUUCUCUCACCUUCUCUUUUUCACCGUGUUUGUGUUAUUUUUUAAAUUGUUAUUUGGUUCUCUUUUUUUGUAGUAUGUUUUCUGUAAUGUUACCUCUUGAACUUGUGAAUGAUGCAAGUCUGAGAAUCUGGUCUUUCUGACUGUUUUAUUUAAUUGGUGGAUGCUAUGGUUUGUACAUAUUUUUGUUCAUUAUUUUUUAUUUAUGUGGGUGAAUCUUUGCUAUUUUUUUUAAUUGAAAGUCUUAUUUUAUUUUGAAGAGGCGUAGCAACAAUCCAAUACAGUAGCUGAAGGACUGGUGGAGUUGCUGGUCACAGAGGGUGAGUUACUGCUCGCUGACAUGACUCCUUUACCAAAGAAUAAACAACAUUUGGCCUUUGAUGUGCAGCUGCAGUCAUGCGACUUCGGCAGGUUGUCGUGCUAGGGCUCCGCUUUAGCUGUUUGUACAAAUCCGAGUUGACAUGGUUUUAAUAAUAGAACUACAGGUUGGGACCUCAGACGCUUGUUGGAUAUUGAGGCUUUGGGAGCAGAAUUUGACCAGGAACACAGAGAAGUUGCAUUAUCAGUGUAAGGAGUAGUGCAUUGGAACAAACGGUCCGGCAGUUGACGGAAGAAUGUGAGAUUCAGGAGGAAUACAGGACAUGCUAAAAUGCAAUUCCAGAUUAAGACAAGAGUUAAAGAAGGAAGAUGGGUUGUGUAGGAAAAGGCCCACAUUGGAGCAUGGGAACGUUGGUUUUUGGGAAAGUUGGUUCAGAAGUUAAUCAGACCCUAACAGUGAGCCACCUAAACACUGUUUAGACCGAAAAGACUUCUGAGUUGAGAGAGCACUAGGAAGUAGGAUACGUUGUCACAGGAGCAGAUAAGAAUGCAGGAAGUUAACAUAUCUGUUCAGAGGAAGUUGAACUGUAUUUAGAGGAAAUAUGAGGCUGGUGUGGGAACAAACCCAGUUGCAGCAAGGACCUGUUUGUUUUGGCAGACCUCUGCUGGCCGCAGUGUGUGACCUGUCUCUUGGUGCCUGUCGUCCAUUUUUGUCUGACCCCUCCAAAUGGUCGUCAUGUCAAACAGCCUCUCAUGAUGGAACCCUCCAGAGAUGAGCAUCAUGUGCAAGGCCUGUGUUGCAGAGAAGGAUGUCAGCUUGGCGUAACUCUGAAAAGGCAGGCACGCGCACACGCACACGGGUGUGUGUGUGGGGCGCUACUUGCUGGAGAACUAUCUGUGCCCUUUGGUCAGGGGCUAGGUGGGGAAACUGGGCUAGCCUGCUCUGCUAGUGGGCCCACAUUUCAUUCUCAGCUGUUGGAGUUCUGAUUGCUUGAUGGUGUAAUUCUGUUUGUUCACGAUAUGAUACACAGUAUCCCAUAUAGCACCACUGAGUAUGUAGUUUCCAGUUCAGUUCAAGGCAGAGCUGGCUAUCAUAUUUGUCCUCCUGAUGCUGGUAAAUAUACAGUAAAUAUGUAAUUAUUUUAUGCAGAAUUCAACAGAAAUGUGUCUUAAGAACAGACAAUCUGUCAGCGGGCUAUGCUACUGUCAAGGUUAACAUUUACACCAUGUUAAAGUAUGUUAAAUGAUACUUGUGUAUCAGUGUUUUUUUUUUUUUUUUUGUUUUGUUUUUUUUAAAUAAAUAUACAUAUUUUAUUUUAAUAUGUUUUAGUGCAUGUUUUUUUUCUUCUGAUGGGUACUGCAUAAAUGUGUUGCAAUGUCCAUUGACGCGUUGACGCAUACUUAUGUGGUGAUGUGGGGACAUCUUGUGGUCACUUGCUGUAAUAGCGUCUUUAAUUUGCCGUCCUAUAGCUCAUUUGUGUCCAGUUGUUUUGGAUUUUUUAAAAUUUUUUUUUUUAGUGUUAAAAGGUCUGACUGCUUUUUCUUUGUUUGUAGUUUUAUUUGUUUCCUGUAUAACCAAAGAUAUAAUGUAAAAAUGCAUAAUUUAAAUGUGCCUGGUGUAAUCGGUUUAUACAAUACACAACAUAGCUUUUCAAGAAAAAAAUCACCAUGGCAAAAUAUACUUGUAAACACUGCGCUGAAUAUGAUUUAGAAUUGAAGGCUUAAUCGCUACAGCAAUUUUGCAUCUACAAGCAAUUGAUCUUAAUCACAGCUGUGUUCCUCCAGUAUUAAUAGGUUAAGACUGAUGGUCACACAGGCAGUAGUGUAGUUUUGGAGAAGAAUUAGACAAGCGUAUUGGGCACUUUACAUUGUAAUUCAGGGAAUGUCUCUUCUUUUUCUCUCCUGUUGGACAUGUGGUGUGGUGUUGGUUUUUUUGUUUUGUUUUUCUUUCUUUUUUUUCUCCCUCUUCUGUUAUUGUUCAACGUAAACAUUUUAUUCUGCAGAGGUUCUGUUCCUACACUUGAUUUUACAAGAGCAAGCAGCCUUCCAUGGCGCAUUAGUUGAGCAAGACUGUGAACGUUACAGCUGCAUCAUAUUUUAUUACUCUAAUUUUCCAAUCUGUAUGAAAGGCUAUGGGUAUGUGUCAGUACUACUAAAUGAAAUUCAUAUAUGAAUGCAUGCAUUAUAUUAAUCCAUGCACAUUCUUUUUGGCUGUGAAGGACAUCACUGGCCAGUGUUGUUAAUAUGGGUGUUUGACAGCACAUGAACUGUUCCUAACCUACAUACUUGCCAUUUGCCAAACAUAAUUCACUCAUAGAAAUCUCAGCAGAGCUUUGUUACUAUGUUUGUGUUUAUAUCUUUAUGAUGCCCAGCAGAUUGUGGUCAUGCAUAUUGAAGUGUGUUUAAUAAAGACCCCAGGGCAAGUUGGUUUGGGGUGUUUCAUUUAAGUCUGGAAGAGAAGUCUGAUCACACCUUUGAACAGCUGGGCUGCAGACUAGAGCGGAAAUGGAGUGUCAUCUUCACCCAUGUUAGGAAGGCCGGUGUCAUUGCAGAGAUGCUUUGAGAAUUGGUCAGCUACUGUUGGUGUAAAUGGCUCAGUGCUAUGAAGUGGACUUGCAAGAUGUUCUAGUAAAGAUGGUCUUUGUGAUGUUUAUUUUUGUAGGUAACGUUGUUGUUUUUUGUUUUGGUUUUUUUUUAACCAUAAAACUGUUACCAAAUGAGGCCUUUCUAAUUAAAGACUUGGUUUCAAUUAAUAAAGUUGAAAUUGUUUCUCA